AUGGGAACGAAACUAAAACAGGAGGAGCUAGAGCUGGCUGCUACUGUCAUACAUAGCAUCUGGUUGAGAAGAAACGAAAUGGUUUUCAAUGGUAAUUUUCAAUCUCCGAAUGCAGUCAUAGCUAAGGCACAAGCUGAUUACUCUGUGUAUAGGGAGGUGCAGGAAGGAGUUCCUGGGGCAGCAACUAGAAUUCAUAUUAGUGACUCCAAGCAGGUUUGGAAUCCUCCUGUAUGGCCUUGGUACAAGGCAAAUUUUGAUGCAGGUUUUAAUAGAGAUAAGGGAAGAAUGGGGAUAGGGGUGGUUGUAAGGGAUUCGAAGGGGGCUUUGAUUGGGAGUCUGGUUGCACCAAAGAGGAAUGUCACCUCGACUUUCCAAGCAGAGUGUCAUGCUCUUCAUAGAGCAAUGGUCUUCUGUACUGAACUGGGUUUGAUGCAUGUAUGUUUCGAAGGGGAUGCAAAAGCUGUAGCUGAUGCUGUAAAUUCAGAAACAGAAGACAACUCUUGGGAUGGCCAGCUAAUUGAAGACAUUCGACAGCUUAAGGCAGCCUAUCCUGUGUGGAAACUGGUUUUUGUCCGAAGAUCUGUAAAUGCUAGUGCUCAUGUAGCAGCUAAGUUAGCAGUUAAUUCUUCUUGUGAAAGUGUAUGGCUAGAGGAUGGCCCAAGUGAGGUUAGAAGAUCCACUAUGGAUGAGUUAGUGUGUAACGAACUAAUUCAAUCUUAG